AUGUGGAAAAAGAACAAGGGUCAGGUAAAAAAGCUUAGGGGUCAGUACCUUGGCUCAGUGACUGACAAUGAGGGAAACAUGGAAGAGGAAAUUAAAAACCGGAUUCAGUGUGGUUGGAACAAUUGGAGGAAGGUGUCCGGUGUCAUAUGUGAUAGGAAAGUCCCUUUAAGAUUAAAGGGCAGAGUGCGCAAGGCAGUGGUCAAACCAGCAAUGGCAUAUGGAUUGGGAGCAGGACCACUAAAGAAAACAGGGGGCAGAAAGUUGGACGUAACCGAGAUGAGGAUGCUCAGCUGGAUGAGCGAAGUGACCAAAAUAGACGGAGUUAGAAACUGA